GAUGUUCCUUCUGUAAAAUAAACUGACUUGUUAAUCAUAGUUCACAUUGACUUGGUUUAUUGUAAUCCGAAUAAUCCGAAAUUCCUCCCGCAAUGAAGUCCUCAAGAACCUCACUCAAAAAGAAAGAAUCUUCCAAGUUCGAACAGAUCUCCACCCAACUUGCCUCCUUGGUGUCCAUCCAUUGGGACCCCGAAGCGCUUCAAAGUGAAAUCCUGCUUGAAGAUGAGCGAACAUCCGACAGAAAAUCCGUUACGUUUCAACAGCAACAACCCUCAAAGCCCUCCGCCGAUCCAAGCCCUUUCACAUUGGAACUACGGGAACUGCUCAGCUGUCGCGCGCAACAGGAAGUCGUUAUCGAUGAAAUCGAUUAUACACCGCGGGGUCUUGCGCCGACGCGCUACGGCAAAGACAAAUACAGUUGGGAUCAGUUGCAGUCACGGUGGAGUCCUGAUGGUGACGGCGGCGGCGGCGGCGGCGGCGGUGACAAUGGUGAUCAGGAUCAGAAGCAAGCGGAAGUUUGUUCGAUUUUGAGUUUGGAUUGCAGCGAGGCGGAGUUCGGGAAGCAAGUGAAGUCCGUAUCGGAAGCGAAGGGAAUAAAGACGACGACGACGAAGAUGGAAGAACCGGCACAGGCCCCAGACAAGGUGGAAGCCUUCGACCUGGACCAGGAACCGGACUUCAGCGGAGUGAUCGACCGCCGUAGUCCAUCGCUGGAGAAGGACGCCAAGACGUACCACGUCAAGAUCCUGCUCACGGAAACCGACAACAUCAUUCUGUAUGAAUCGGCCAGUCACACCGUGGCACGGGACUCGGAAGAGGCGGCUGCCGUGCUGGAACAGAACGCCUAUUACGACAACAAGAAGAAAAACCGCCGUACGGCAAUGGCGGCCGCCGAGGCGCAAACACCCGAAAUGCUACUGAAGUCACGUGGCGUCAAUACAGAGCGGAUCAGGAGGCAAGAGGUAGCCUCGUUCGUGUCGAACUACGACAUGUACGAUACCUAUAACGAUUUGGAGAGGCACACGAAGGAGAUCGAUCUGGCGGAGGCGUCGUCUAAGAUCGAGAUAACGACGUAUUCGCGCGAAGGAAUGGAAGACAUUGACGACAUGCUGAACAAGAGUGAGAACUUCCACCUGUCGUCGAUGAUCCUGGAGCGGUUGUUGGCUGGGAACGUCUACCGGGAGAAGCAGAAACGGUUCCGAAACAUGUACAUGCCGGAUCCAUUGGACGUCGAUGCUAAGUAUUUGUACCGAUUGGAAACGCUGUGGACGUACAAGACGGUAGAAACUUCUGGGAAAGCUGUGGCAAGUGCGAGUUGGUGUCCAGCGAAUGGGGAUAUUGUAGCGAUUGCGUAUGGGAUAUAUCGGUUUACCAAGUUCGACGAUCGCAGCUCGGGGUAUGUGUGCGUCUGGAGUAUCAAGAAUCCGGUCAACCCGGAAAGGCGGUAUCAGUUUUCGGUGCCGGUUACUGCGGUGGCUUUUUCCAAGAAGACGCCACAGCUGUUGGCCGUUGGAUUGUACGAUGGAUCGGUGCAGAUUUGGGACAUCAUGGAUAACUCACAGAGGCCUGUCGGGGUGUCGGAGCGGAAGUCGUCGCCUGGGUUCGAACCGAUUUGGGAUAUUGAGUGGAUCGAGUCGGACGACGAUAAGGAUGAGAUAUUGACGGCAUCGCAGGAUGGCACAAUCAUGAAGUACACUUUAAACAUUGGCCACUACCUAAUUGGGUACACGCAGCUGAGGCUGGAUCGAGUCGAAUGCGAAACUGAAGGGAUCGAGGUGGAAAAGAAGAAAGAUGGCAUUGAAGCCGAUCGUCACCCACAGGCCUUAAGCUUGAAGAUUCAUCCAGUUCGAAAGGACAUCUAUUUUAUCGGAACGGAUGAAGGAUGCGUUCACAGAUGUUCGAUCAACUACUCGUACCAGCAUUCGGGAGUAUCUCGGAUGCACAGCGGAGGAGUUUUCGGCAUCGAGUACUCGCCCUGGAGUCCGAAGGUCUUCCUGACUUGCGGCGGCGAUUGGUGCAUUCGGAUUUGGAUCGAAGACAUCAACGAACCGAUUCUAACCCUAUCCACCGGAUUCGGUCCAAUCCAGGCCGCCCACUGGUCACCGGUCAACUCGACGAUCAUCAUCAGCGUGACUCAGGACUCCGUUCAGCUGUGGGAUCUCAAAAGACGGAUGCUGAAGCCGGCUUCGUUCACCACGUUUGGAGAUUCCACAACCGCUCUGACGGUGGUCAAAUUUACAAACUGCGGGAGAAGUGCGUUGGUUGGCGAUAGUGAAGGGCGAACGUACAUAUGCGCCCUGGAGGACAUGCCCUUUCCGCCGCACUUUCAGUACAAGGAGCUACAGUCGGCUCUGUACAAAAACCUGAUUUGCAAACCGGAGCUGCUGAAGCUGGUCAAGCGGUGCGGAUAUUUGGGCUACUGAUGUGGACUUUUUUUGAUUGAUUGCGAUUUAAUGUGUUUGAAUUGGUGCUAAUUUGCCUUUAUAUGUUUUCCGAAUUGGAGGUUUGUGGAUUUUUUAAUGGAAA